AUGGACACCGCCGUCUUCUCCGCCGCCUCUCUCUUCGACGACGACAGCGACGACGACAGCCGGCGAGACCAGGCGCAGGUGGGCGCCGACGGGGAGAGCCAGGAGCAGGCGCUGGAGUACGAGGAGAGGCUCCACAAGUUCCCAGGCCUGGACUUGAGCAUCAGAGAAUUUUCAUGUCAUCAGCUAAAUGCCAAUCUGCUAUGGCCUGGGACAUUUUUCUUUGCUGACUGGCUAGUUAAGAAUCCAUCAAUCCUUGAUGGUCAACGAAUCCUGGAACUAGGAAGUGGAACAGGGGCUUUAGCCAUUUUCCUACGGAAAACAUAUGGAGUGGAUAUUACGACUUCUGAUUAUGACGACAAGGACAUUGAAGAAAAUAUAGCUCACAACUGCAGAGUUAAUAAUUUGGAUCUGCUACCUCACAUCCGACACACCUGGGGAGAUCCGUUUCCCGUCCCCCGCCCCGAUUGGAACAUUGUGAUCGCCAGUGAUAUUCUACUAUAUGUUAAGCAGUACCCAAACCUGAUAAAGACGCUAUCGUUCCUUCUGAAAGAAUCCGAUCUUAACGCGCAGAGAGAUGGCUGUACAAACAUUACAACUAAAUCAGGAGAAGAAGUGGUGGUGACGUACCCCAUGUUUCUGAUGAGUUGGCGUAGAAGGAUCGGCAAGGACCAAUCGAUUUUCUUUGAAGGAUGCGAAAAGGCAGGCCUCGAAGUGCAGCAUCUGGGUGACCUUGUGUACCUCAUCAGCAAGAAGAACUGAAUCUUCGGUUACGCUAGGGGGGAACAAGAAAGGAAA